GUUGCCAUGGUCACACGGUUAUCUCUCGGUCUUUUCUUAUAACUGGUUCCCGUCUUUCUGGCUGAUACGAAUUACACAUAAUUACUGAGCCGAGAACAAUCUUAAUAACGGCUUAUAAAAGCAAAAAACACGUGCAGCCUUUCUCACUUACGUCGUAGUCUACCUGUAAAGAACAUCGAACUUACAACUUUUCUUCUGCUACGUAUAUAUAUAUAUACUAGUAAAUCUACUCGGAUUCUAAUGCCGCGUGGGCGUGUUAGACAGCGAGGCGGCAGGGCUAGGGCAGGAAGGCCAGCCAGGGCAAACAGAAAUGCCGACGGCCAGCAGAAUGAAGCAGGCGGCCAGCAGAAUGAGGCAGAACGAGGCAAUAACCACCCAAACACCCGCGGGCAGAAACGAAGAGCCGAUGACCUUGAGCACGCUGAAAGGACACCGCCACGUGGUCCGGCAGAGCCAUCAGAUAUAGAUGACGGAGGCAAUAUACUGUUACAGGAAAAUGCCGGAUACCACAUUACAAAUUUCUGUUGUAUCAAUGUUGAAUUCUGACGGUGUCACCAACUCAUGUACCCAGAGCCAUAAGACGAAUGCAAUUCAGAUGUGAAAACAGUAUAUUGUUAUGAAGACUGUGAUUUUAUCAAAUAGACGGUAACAGGCGCCUUAGCGGUACCUGGAAUUAAUGCUGAUGUGAACAGUCAUUUGUAAUAUACUUAUUUAGUGUGGACACUGAUUUAUUGGAAGUGAUUUGUUAGUUAAUGAUCAUAGUGCUCGGGUAUUUGUUUGUUCUUAUUACACAUUUUAUGUGCAUUUAUAUCGUGUGACAGUUUGUGCUAGCUUAAUGGGACAACUAUUUGACAUUACAUGUAUACUAAGCAGCAUAAUUCUGGACAUUUAGUAUAUUUACUUCAUGAAGACGUAAUUCUAUGCCUAAAUAAUAUAAAUGUAUGAAUAUAAAGAGUCGGACAGUCUAUCUUAAGGUUUCAUUCAUAUAUGUCGCUCUAUUUAUAUGUUGUAUACUGCGGUAAAAUUCUUAUUGGCCGGAAGGUGACCAGGCGUUGCAGUUUCUAUGAAGUAAAUUUAACAAGUUAUCGUUAUUUACAAUUUCAAAUUUCGCUUACUUCGGAAUAUGGGCGUGACUUCUCUCCUCGAUGGCAUUCUAUUUUGCGUUCAAGAGGAGACAUGGCCGUCCGUAUUCGGAUUUUUCUAUCUUAUUUCGCAGGUCACUACUUUAUGUAAGCUGUUAUUGUUACUCUGAGUCACCAGGUUAUUUCAAUGGUUGUCAACUGGACUGUUGCUUCCGGUUACUUGUUUACUUAUUGUUGUCGACCCGAAUGUUGCUUCGGGUCACUAAGUAGUGGUAAACUCGAAUGUUGCUUCGGGUUUGUUUGUAGUCUGUCGUUGACCUGAAUGUUGCUUCGGGUCACUAGGUCUGGCCCAUGUAGUUUUGGUAAGGCCUAGUCGACGUGUUUGCUGCCAGUAACGCAUUACAGGUUCUACCGACAUACCUCGUAUCGAGCUGGUAGUGUGAUUAUGGGUCCUUUGCUUUCAAGGUUGGUACCGAUUCACGGUACGGUCAACUUGGAAGCUGGGGUCUAUGAUUGCACGAUCAGUGGGACUCCUUUGGUAAUGCGACGCGUAGCAAUUGAUGCCAUUAGUAAUAUUUUCAAAGGUGACUCGGCGACCGGGAUCCUUUUGGCAAUUUCACUUGUAAUGUUUGGCACGCUUGGUCCCUUCCGGUCGAUGAGCUAGCUACCAAAUUUGAGCGGCCGACACAACCAAACUUAUUAAUUUGAAAUGAUAUGAAUAUACAUGUCAUUCGUAAGCAAUAUUUCAAGGUUUUAUUAUCACGUACCUAUAUCUAUUUGAAUAUAUUGUCGGUACAGAUUGGUGACAUGUUUAAUAAAUUUAGAGAAGGCUGUAUGUAUUGUUUUUUAUUUCCAGUAAUAUCAAAUAACUUAUAUUUAAACAUUUUACAUUAACAUAAUUUUUAGCUUACUGCAUUAUGCUUACCAGUAAUUACCUAUGUGUCUGUUGGAUUGAGAUGACUAUGCAGUAUUUAGUUAUGUAAAGGCUAAAGAUUAACAGUCAACGUACCUAAUCAGUGAUUUUCAUACCAGUUUUAAAUGUGCAAGUAACUUUUAAUUUCUUGAAAUAAGGCAUAGAUGGAAUACAAUUUAUUUCAGAGAUGUUGUUUAGGGUCAUCUUUUCACUAACUUGACUAAGAACAUUCUUUUCACCCAGGAAUGAAAGCCACAUACCCUCAAUUCAUUUUGUGCUCUUUGUGACUAUUGUAUGGAGGAAACUAGGCAGGCCCAUUUUAAAGUGAAAUCACAUAGAAAUCAGUUAUUUCUAGUAAUACAACUAAAUUUCUAGUUGCCCCAAAGUUUGAAACUUAGAUUUAAGAAUGCAGGCAGUUCAGUUUUUCAUAACUUUCCUGAUAUAAAGUUUAUUCUGCUGAGAAUUUGCUGAAAUGUUGUUCAUUUUGAAAUCAUAUUCAUGCAAAGUUUCUUUACAAUUUGUGCUGAUUUAAUAUGACCGAAUGAAAUGAAAAUUUAGCAUUUUGAAGUAUAAACUAAAUACAUUAAAGAUACGUAUGAUUACAUACUCUGAAUUUCUGUAACAAUAUUACCA